GCAUGCGAGUUUCCUGUCGGCCCCGGUCGCUCCGCCAUCUUUGUCGGCUACCCCAUUGUUCACCGUGGAGAUAACAGCGGCGGUAAAUCAGUUCAUACUGCGCAAUAAAAUAACUUGGCGGUGUCACAGGCAGCUGCCCGCGACAGUCGUGGAUUUGCUCUCAGGGUUGCGACUUGUUCUCGGCCAGCAAGUUAAACAGAAUGGACGAUGACCAGCCCAAAACCCUGUAUGUGGGGAAUCUGUCCCGGGACGUGACAGAGGCCCUCAUCUUGGAGUUGUUUGGCCAGAUUGGACCCUGCAAAAGCUGUAAAAUGAUAGUAGAUACAGCAGGUCAUGAUCCGUACUGCUUUGUGGAGUUCUAUGAGCAUAGACAUGCCACUGCCACAAUUGCAGCCAUGAAUGGUCGGAAAAUACUGGGUAAGGAGGUCAAGGUCAACUGGGCCACGACGCCAACCAGCCAAAAGAAAGACACAAGCAGUCACUUCCAUGUCUUUGUUGGGGAUCUAAGUCCUGAAAUUACCACAGAUGACAUAAAAGCAGCCUUUGCUCCAUUUGGGAAAAUAUCGGACUGUCGAGUGGUGAAAGACAUGGCCACAGGUAAAUCUAAAGGCUAUGGCUUUGUCUCCUUCUUCAACAAAUGGGAUGCUGAGAAUGCCAUACAGCAGAUGGGAGGACAGUGGUUGGGAGGAAGGCAAAUCAGGACCAACUGGGCCACAAGGAAGCCUGCUCCUAAAACUGCAAGUGAAACAACCAAUACCAAGCAACUGUCGUUUGAUGAGGUGGUGAAUCAGUCCAGCCCCAGCAACUGCACCGUCUACUGUGGAGGAGUCACAACAGGUCUCACAGAGCAAAUUAUGAGACAGACCUUCUCACCGUUCGGCCAAAUAAUGGAAAUCCGUGUUUUCCCAGACAAAGGCUACUCAUUUGUGAGGUUCAACUCCCAUGAAGCAGCAGCUCAUGCCAUUGUUUCUGUCAAUGGCACAUCCAUAGAGGGCUAUGUUGUUAAGUGUUACUGGGGCAAAGAAACAACAGACAUGGUUAGCCCCAUUCAGCAGGUACAGAUGCCACAGCAGAACACGGUGAGCUUCGCAGCGCAGCCCUACAGUCAGUGGGGUCAGUGGUACAGUAACACGCAGCAGAUUGGUCAGUAUGUGCCCAAUGGAUGGCAAGUACCAAGCUAUGGAGUCUAUGGACAGACCUGGGAUCAGCAGGGCUACAAUCAUUUACAUGCCGGUGCUGGAUGGACAGGAGUGGGCGCCGUGAGCAACGGCGGCAUGGUGGAGCCCGGGCAGGGAGUCAACGGGACGAUGCUAACCAACCAGGCUGGCAUGAGCACUGCUGGCUACCACACCCACUGAUCACAGAUCACAGUAGCCCUCUCUCUAAGCCUCUGAGGUCACAAGGAUGAUACUCUGCUGGGGAAGGAGUGCAGUAGAUGUGCUCUCUGUCUGUCACCACACAAAAUUAUUCUCUGUUAGACGGCUGGUACGCCAUUUUACCAGCCUUACCAGCUCAUAACCUCACCCACUGCCCAAAUCUGCAAGUGUAUCAAAACUAUCCACUCCAGAACACUACACAUUGUUUAAACAGCUAUUGCUAAUGCACCAUGCAUUCCUGGGCCCAUUUUAUUAUUUGGUGUAUUUUUCUAAUGCCUGCAGACAACUGGCCAAAUGUAAAUUAUACAGCAUUAAGAUAUUUCUAGCACAGCCACAGUUUAGUUUAAAAGGAAGAAACUAAUUAAAUCUAUAGUAAAACACCAGGUUUUGUUUGUUUUCAGCCCCUCGGAGCCAAAGAGCACGGGCAGAGUUUUAUACCAAUGUUUAACAAUCAUACAGGGAGGAGAGGCGAGCAGCACGCCUCAGAAAGUACUCAACAGUCCAUAGUAAUGCAACGCAGCCACAAGACAUGUUAAGUAAAGGGUGUGAUUUAAAUUUUGUCAAUUGGAACAUCUCGCUCUCACUGUCGGUCUGUCCACCUGUUACUAAAGUGAAACACAAGUCCAAGCAAGUUCUCAGGGUGUUGUAAAGUCAUUCUGUGAAAUGUAGGGAAUCACUGAGUAGAAAUAGGCAGGCUGAGGGAAAGCAGACGCCACAAAACAAGUCCAUUUUCAUCACUCCCUCACUUCAUCUCCCCGAACGGACUGAGCAGACCGAGAGUCCAGUCUGUGGAUAUGAAAUAUGUGUGUGCUUAUGUGUGUGCAUGAACUGAUGCUUUUACACACAAGACAAUGUCCAGUUCAACUUCCCCUGAAACAGAAAGGACUACGCCACCUUUUUUUUUGCUACAGAUAUAAACAAAGUGUCAGUUUCUUUCUCUCUCUCUAUUUUUUUUUUUUUUUUUUUUUUUGAGCAACUUUAAAAUGGUGACAUUGUAUAAAGAGCUUUUGCCUUUUUGUUUCAUUUCGGGACUGUCUUAUAAAGAAAUGUUGCAGUGACACCAUUGAAUCAUGUGACACGUGAAACCUUUUAUGUUUGUUUAUAAGUGGCUGUCAACUGUCAACUUUAUUUUUUAAAUUAGAUUUUCAAUAUCUCAAAUAAACCAAUUGCAGGGAUUACUGCCACUCUUAUCUUACUUAUAGGCAGACAAAUAUUGCACAAAUACUUAAGGUUAUCUUUUCUCAAAAUUUGAAAUACUAGGGUUUUUUUUUUUUUUUUUUUUUUUUAAUGUUUUUGCAUUCCACCUUCUUUUGUAAUUUCAUUUGGAAGUCUGUUUUUAUGUAAAUAACCAAACAGUCUGUUCAAUUGUACUCAAUCUGUAUAAAGACAACAUGUUAAUAAAGGAAGCGUGCUUGCUUCUGGUUGGGGAAAUGGAUUCCAGAAACAGCUGUUUGACAGUAGAAACCCUGUCCAGUGCUGGUCCAUGUACAGUAGAGACAGUGCAACAUUUGAUUCUUCCAGAGGCUUGGAGGACAAGCAGCAUUGCUAUGCAAUGCAAAAGCCUUUAGACUGAAGAGUAAUACAUAAUUUAAGUUAUUCUGUUUUAACCUAAAUAAUGAUUGUUUUUGUAGAUUAAGAAACAACCUUAUAAGGAUCAGGUUUUUGCACUGUGGCCACCAUUAUUUUAAUAUAGUUGAAAAAUCCAUUGUGUUGCCUUAUUAUCAGUGAGUUACUUUUAAUUUAACCAAAAAUCAUCCAAGAGUAGGCGGUGCCUAAGAAUGUUUUCAGUCUAUGUUUUGGCGAGGGAAAUUCUGUUGAUGCUUCAGUAACAUGGUUUGUGUUUUUGCUUUGUCCCAUUAAAAUGCUGAUGCUUAAAACAGCUCACAUUUA